AUGAACACUGAUCUUUACCCAACUGCAGGGAAACUUCUUUCUUUUAGGAAAAUGUUUAUAAUCGAUCAGAAUAAGUCAACGGACAUACGAUGCAAUAUGCUUUCAACUUUGAAUAGAGAAAUUAUUAAUGCGAUUGAUGGUAUGCUUCGUCAACAAAAUCAAUUUGAUCAGUCUCUGGAAAUGAUGCAUGAUGAAAUACGAGAGUCAAUGAUUAACAAUCAAAUGAAUACUGAACCUGAAAUGAGACUGUUAUUUUAG